UAAAUAGCCAAUCAAUAUGUAUUCCUUUCUGCGCCACCUGCUGAUGCAUUCUACCAAGAAGGACCUACAAUUGAAAAAGGAACUAUUCGAUAUUGAAAAUGACUUUCUAGACGAGGAACUAACAAAGGAUGGGCACAUACUCGAAAACCAGGCAAAUGAUACCAGCUUUAAUAAUAACAUCAUCGACAAGGACACCGACUCUGCUGCCGGCAUACCGGAUCAUAAUGAGACUUGUACUCCCUGCUCUAAACGCAAGGGAGUUAUUACACACCUAACAACGACCAAUGGAACCAUCGAUAAUUCAAUUAAAUUUGACAAGAAGAUAGCACCUUGUUUCCAGGACUUGCACACUGGAUGUGUUGUGGAAUACAUUGUCUAUAAAACUGAAAACAAUGUUGAAAAGAUCGUUAAGAUAGAAAGCAUAACUGAACACAAUUGGGAAGAGACCACUGAAACAAAGACGCAGGAGAUGCUGGAAUUGUUGCAACUAGAGAAGCCCACAUAUUUCAAUACACAGCAACGCAACAUUCUUGGGGUCAUCAAGCAACGUCUAGCUUCUUCAAUUGAAGUUGAAACUGACUACGGUGAGCUGACCGUUAAGCUGGACAACACUGAGUUGAGUUUUAUACCUAGAAAGGGAGAUGCCGUAUGCCUUGAAUGUAAGGUGCAGUUGGACGAAGGUUAUGUUGACAAACAGGGCGAGAUUCUGGAGGUAACAAAGGUUAUACCGGCGCGCAUUCAAACCGAUCAAAGGUGUGUAGUGGAACGAGUAUUUGAGGAUUUUUCGGAGCUCAGUACGGAUGCGUAUGUGCUUAAGGAGGACUUACCUAGCGGUAUUGAUUUACAUCUGGGAGACAUUGUGAAUGUAGAUCUCAUCGAGUGCACUCUUAAUAGGUUUUCACUUCGCGCCGUCAAAUUGACAUUGUUGGAAAAAAAUUUCGGCAAGGUAAAGAAGAUCCUUCCAGAUACUUCAACUCAAAGGCGUGCGGUGUCCAUUGAAGGCAAAGAUCACUUAAUAUUCUCUGAGCAGUGGAAGAAGGAAAAGGUCACAUUCAAAUUGAGAAAUAAUACCAAUCGAGUAUUCAAUCUGCAACAGAUUAUUAUACAAAAUACAGCAAAUACACAGAUUAGUGUCGUGGAGCCGCUUAGCUCUAGGCAAAUCGAAGCUGAAGACCAAAUUUCGCUGAUCCUUGAAGUGCACACGAAAUUCAUUGGCGAAUCGAAAGAAUGUUUUACACUAGUUUUCGACACUUUCAAGGUAAAUCGUUAUCUGACAAUCAUCGUAUGUGAAUCGGAAUUGGUGGCCAAGGAGGCGGAGCUUCGUGUGAUUGCCUCUGAUCAGUUGAAAGUGACUGGACGAACCGUGAGUCAGCGUUCCCGAUUCUAUACAAAUCAGGUGUGGUCCAAUAAAAAUCCCAUGGUACCAGGCGAGGCUAUGAUGACCAAGCGUCGCUUUGUAAAAAGGAAUUUUAAAAUGUAUGAAGUGCCUUUGAGCCUUCGUGAUAUAAUUCUCUGCUCGAUGCAUCGAAUUCAAAUGGAGGAUCGCUUAAACAACGACUAUCCAUUCCUAAGGGAACCCCUCACAUUUGACAACUAUGUACAGCGCUUUGGUCUGCUGCUGCAUCUGGAGGAGAUUGAAUGUACCGUCAACAUUCGUAAUUUUGAUCGGGAGCGUACAUAUUUUCAACGUGAAGGCGAAUACCUUUCGCUGCAAAUUGAGGAUCUAGCGGAGCGUCGUCCCUCGAUAGUUAUUGGCGAUUCUGUACGCGCCACAAAUCCCUUUGAGGGUGUGGAUGCCAAGUCCUAUGAGGGCAUCGUGCAUAAAGUUCUCUUCAAUCGCGUCCUUUUAAAAUUCAACGCUGGCUUUCACGAGAAAUACAACGGUGAGGAUUACCGCGUCACCUUUCACUUCUCAAGAACUUCUAUUCGCAAGCAACACCAUUCUGUCGAGCGAAUUGUUUCCACUUUGGGAGAACCGUUUUUGUUUCCCAAUAAGGUCACCAUGCGCAGCAAUCCACAGUUGGACGUGAUUUUUAAGGAUGACAAUAUGUAUCUCUAUGAUGUCAAACUGCCCUGGUUUAAUACAUCCUUGAACUCGAUACAAAAACGGGCUGUCUUCAAUAUUCUAAGAGGUGAAGCUGAGAACAUGCCGUAUGUCAUCUUUGGUCCACCCGGAACGGGCAAAACCGUAACUCUGGUUGAGUCCAUGUUGCAAUUGAUUCGCAAUUUGCCCUGCGCACGUCUUCUGAUUGGUACACCAUCAAAUAGCUCUGCGGAUCUGCUCACCAAGCGCAUCAUCGAUAGCAAAGUUCUGCCACAGGGCGAUUUUGUACGUCUGGUUUCGCUCAAUCACGUUGAGAAAGAUUUGAUACCAGAGGAGAUAAAAACAUACUGUGCCACUAACGACUAUGGCAUCGCGAAUACCUGUAAGGACAACAUGAUUGUCACAGAUUCAGGUCUAAAACUGCGUUGCCAGUCAAAGUUUCUGUGCCUGCAUCGUGUCAUCAUCAGCACUUGCAGCACACUGGGUAACUUUCAUCAAAUGGACAUUCCACGUGGUCAUUUUACCCAUGUACUCAUCGACGAGGCCGGCCAAUGCUGUGAGCCAGAGAGUGUUGUGCCAAUUGCACUGCUGAGAAAUAAUCGCAGCCAAGUUGUGCUCGCCGGUGAUCCUCAUCAGCUCCAGGGUAUGGUUCUUAAUCUAAAGGCCGUCGAUUUCGGACUAAGUAUAUCCCUGCUGGAGCGUCUGCUGCAGCGAUCGCCAUACUGCAAGGAUUUACUGCGUUUCCCCGACAGCUCUGGUUACAAUCCAUGCAUACUAACCAAACUGUUGAAUAACUAUCGUGCUAUUCCCUCUAUUAUGAGUGUCUACAGUAAACUCUUUUAUGACAAUGAGCUCAUUUCCAUGGUCUCCGAAAACGAAUCUCGUGAAGCAGUUUUGCUGCAAAAUCUGCUGACAAUUUUUGAACCUAAUACGACCAUGCCACGCACCCAUGGCACCUUCUUUCAUGGCAUCAUGGGUGAAAAUAUGCAGGAAGAGGACUCGCCGUCAUGGUAUAAUCCCGCGGAAGCGCGUCAGGUCUUCUUAACAACCAUACAAUUGUAUCGCCGUAAAGUGCAUCCAGAUCAGAUUGGUAUAGUGACUCCCUAUUGCAAGCAGGUGAAGGCGCUUCGAAACCUUUUCAUCUGCUCGGAUAUGGUCAUGCCAAAAAUUGGCACUAUCGAGGAGUUUCAGGGUCAGGAACGCGACAUUAUACUUAUUUCAACGGUGCGCUCCUCCCAUUCCGUCCUAAAGUCGGAUGCUCGUCUUAACUUGGGAUUCGUGCGCUGCAAAAAGCGCAUGAACGUAGCCAUCUCCCGUGCCCGCUGUCUCAUGAUUGUAUUCGGCAAUCCCGAACUGCUGUCCGCCGAUGAAUCUUGGUCUAAACUGAUUACUUUCUGUUGCAACAACAAUGCAUAUUUCGGUUGUGAAUUGCCCAUACACCUUAGUUCAGAUGAGGGUCAGGAGGAUAAUGACAAAGAAACCUAUGAUUAUGUGCCUUAAGGCCAUUGGCCAAACAACACACUUCACAAUAGUGUUUCAAAACAAAAAAAUUGACAAUUUUCAGAAACACACCGUUAAAUGAACUGAAUUUGUAACGGUGGAUAUGCAUCUAAUCUCAUAUAUUAUAAUUUAUAAAAUUAUAAAGAGUUCCUAGCUGUGCUAGAUUAACCCAAAGUUUCGAAUUACAGGAAAGUAAAUCGUGUUACGAAAUAAUGACAUUGAAUAUUGACAAUUGCCAUGAAAGUUUUU